AUGAUGUCCAAAAAGCAGUUGGCCUGCAUGCUGGCCCUCCACAUCGUGUAUCUUCUUGUCGGUGCGAGUAUUUUCUACCACAUCGAGAGUCCUGUUGAGUUGGCUCAGAGGGCCGAAGAAAAACUGGAAAGACUUGAAAUCCAAAAUCUUCUAUACGAGAACUACAUUCCAAAUAAUCCUGAGAAGCAAGAUAGCAUACUUCGAAAGUUGUCGGAUUAUUGUGGCAAGUCUAUGUUCAAUUACACAACGGAGGAUGAAGAGCCGCCCUUCAAGUGGGAUUUCUACCACUCCUUCUUUUUUUCAUAUACCGUCGUUAGUACUAUUGGUUACGGUAAUUUGGCACCAACGACGCCUUUGUCACGCAUACUGAUGAUUUUCUAUGGUCUUUUUGGCAUACCCAUUAACGGUAUCCUCUUGGCGAACCUAGGAGAAUAUUUUGGACUACAGCUCAUAUCAACUUACAGGAAGUACAAGAAGAGAAAUGAAAAACGUGCUGACAAUUUAAAUUACUUCUUUCACAAUCUGGGCAUGCUAGGCCAGAUUAUGCUGUAUCUGAUACCCGGUUUUUUGUUCUUCAUAUUUUUGCCUGCCUGUAUCUUUGUCGUGUUCGAAGGUUGGGACUACGUUGCAGCUGUGUACUAUGCCUUUGUAACUCUUACAACAAUAGGGUUUGGGGAUUUAGUUGCAGGAACUGUUAACAAUGGGUUCAAGUAUGGAUAUUAUUUCACUUACCAGAUAUUCCUCAUAGUCUGGAUCACAUUUGGUCUGGGAUAUAUUGUGAUGUUACUCGGCUUUAUUACCAGUGGAAUGAGGUCUGAGAGAGUCCACAGAUUAGAACAGAAACUAGCAUAUCAAUUGAAAUCAACCCAGAAUAAGAUAUUCCAAGGAUUUACAAAAGAUAUUGCAGUAAUAAGGAAGAUCAUUAAUGAAGCAAAUUUAUUGAAGCUAAAGCCAGUGUACGUAGAAACAACACCACAUCUUCACAGAAGUGCAAGUUGUCCUAUUUUAACCUUUGAUGUAGAACCCAGAAGACCGGUUGUUAAGAGGAAGCGAGCCAACUCCGAGAACAUUACACUCUCUGUUAAAGAUAUGCUUCGUAUUCAGUCAGAUACUGAUUUACUAGGAAUUGAUAAAGAAAAAACAUUUACAGCUUCUGCUAUAGUGAAGCCAGCGGAAUUGUUAGCAAGGGUUGUAAAUGUAUUGGGUAGAUUUGAAGUACAAAAUGAAAGAGGUAUACAUAUGUUUGACGAUAAUCAUAUACUAGCGACCGAAAUACCUCCUAUAUUUAGCAUUGGUGGGGAUGUUAUAGCUAGUUCUCCAAAAAGAACAAGAGCUUUAAGUGUUGCUGUGCCAAACUAUAGAAAAGAAUCCGUAUCAAAAUUAGAUCACGAUUUUACAUGGACCAAUGGUGAUACCGCAGAAAAAUACAGAAAAGAGGCAAAUAUAAGAAGUGGAAAAUUAUCACUUCCUACUAAUAUCAGUUCAGCAAACACUGAAAAAAAUCAACCGCCAAAAAGUCUGUUUUCAAGAAUAUUUAGAAAACCAAGUUCAAGUGAAAGCCCUGCAGAAUAUAUUAAAAACACUAUGAAAGGCAGAUUAAGUCUCGCGCAGGGUGCUAAUGAAAGUGGUCAAGAAAAGUCAAGACGUAGUAGCAUGUUUCCACCGUUUGGUCUUGGAGAGGAACAGAACCGCGACGAAAACGCAUAUAAAGAAAAAACCAGACGUGGAAGGUACAGCAUUUUUCAAAUGUUUGAUUUUAAUAAAGAUGUUGAUGAGGAAGCAAAAGCGUAUAAGGAGAAAACUAAGCAUGGCCGGCAUAGCAUAUUUCCAACGUUUGAUUUUUCAGAAGAUGAAGAUGUGACAGCAGCUCAAUAUUAUCAAAAUAAACCUAAAAGGCAUAGCAUUUUUCCUACAUUUAAUUUUAGUGGAGAUGAUGACGAAGAUGCAAGACGUUAUAAAGAAGGAACCAAGCGUGGUAGACACAGUAUAUUUCCUACGUUUGAUUUUAGUAAUCCUACGAGUAAUGAUGAAGAUGAUACAGUAGAUGAAGAUGAAGUAAAGAAAUAUCAUAAUCGGACACGAAAAGGACGGCUUAGUCUAUUUCCUACUUUUGGCAAGUCGAAGAAAGAUGAUGAUGACACUCUGCCAGAAAGCUCAGAUGAAUUGGUGAAUUAUAAAGAUAAAACACGUCAUGGUCGGAGUAGUCUAUUUCCCUCAUUUGAUAAAGAUAGGAAGCGUAGUUCACCAUGCGGCAGUACAAGUGAUCUUGAAACCAGCAUUAGGCAGUAUCAAAAUAAAACUAAGGCAGGUAGAAAUAGUUUAUUCGCAGGGGAUGUUCAAAGCUAUAGACGAGCCACUGAAGGUGGUCGGAGGAGUCUGUUCUCAAAUGAUUUAGGGGAAUAUGGAAAUAUGACAAGACGUGGUCGUCCAAGUUUAUUUGAUUCUGAUGUCGAUUUAGCUAGUCUUCCAGAAUCGGCACAAGUAGAAGUAUUAGAACAAACUAGUGUAGCUGAUUUACUUCGAGCGUUGGCAGCGUUAGAGACUGCCUCGCAAGUAGCUAACAGCACGAUUGGGUCAUCUGAUACAUCUGAUAAUGCACAAAGCAGAAGACGUGGAUCUCUAAGACCUGAUUUUUCUAUACCAACAAUGUCUAGUCGAAUAGAACCAGAGGACGGAACUGGACCUAGGCGCAGAAGGAUUUCUACAAGAGCUGCAGCGCCACAAUUCACGCCAACUCUAGCAACUGUAGUAGCCGGGGCGGAGUUACAAAUAACAGCUACAGCGGCGCGAGAAAAUAGGAUGACGAUGUUAACUCAUCCUCCGCCCCCGUACUCAGAAAAUUCGUCCGAGGGGGAACUUCAGCAAAAUAAGACAAGAAGGUACUCACCUGCUCCAAGCGAUUUAAGCCGAUCUACAGGUCCAGUACCAAGACUUUUUUCCCGUAUACGAAAAGAGAGUGGUUCAAGUCCAGAAUCCAGUUCUAGGCGAGGUAGCUUAACAGAUAUUGUAAUUGAUAGUUGUAGCAAGGAUAAAACUUAG